AGGGGGGGGGGCGGAUUUGGGCCGGGCCCCGCCCCGUGCCGCCGCAGCCGCCGCCUCGCACCGGUCUCCGCCGCCCUGUGCCGAGCAGUGUGGUUGGCGCUGCUGCUGCUGGAAGCCGAGGGCAGCGCCGUGGGAGCCCCGCGUCGCCGCCGCCGCCGCCGUGCCCGCUGCUCCUCCGCGGCACCGCUGGGGCAGGCGGGAGCGCCGGACAAGCCGCUGCAGGCAUCCAGGGCUGCAGGACCAGGACUAUGUCCACCAUGGUGUACCCAAGGGAGGAGAAACUGGACAAGCUGAGCCAAGAGGAGAUCAUUUCCAACACCAAGCUGGUGAUGCAGGGCCUGGAGGCGCUCAAGAACGAACACAACUCCAUCCUGCACAGCUUGCUGGAGACCAUCAAGUGCCUGAAGAAGGAUGAAGAAGCCAACCUCGUGCACGAGAAAUCCAACCUGCUCCGCAAGUCGGUGGAGAUGAUCGAACUGGGGCUUGGAGAAGCUCAGGUGAUGAUGGCGCUGUCCAACCACCUGAACGCGGUGGAGUCGGAGAAGCAGAAGCUGCGUGCUCAGGUGCGGAGGCUGUGCCAGGAGAACCAGUGGCUGCGCGACGAGCUGGCCAACACCCAGCAGAAGCUGCAGCGCAGUGAGCAAACCGUGGCUCAGCUGGAGGAGGAGAAGAAGCACCUCGAGUUCAUGAACCAGCUGAAGAAGUAUGAUGAGGAUGUCUCACCUUCGGAGGAGAAGGAGGGCGACUCCACCAAGGACUCCCUGGAUGAUCUGUUCCCAAAUGAGGAGGAAGAACAUGGUCCUGGAUUGCCCCACCAGCACAGCAGCGCGGUGGCGGCUGCCCAGCAGGGAGGCUAUGAGAUUCCCGCACGCUUGCGCACCCUCCACAACCUCGUCAUCCAGUACGCCUCACAGGGACGCUACGAGGUGGCUGUGCCUCUCUGCAAGCAGGCGCUGGAGGACCUGGAGAAGACAUCAGGCCACGAUCACCCCGAUGUGGCCACCAUGCUCAACAUCCUGGCGCUAGUGUACAGGGAUCAGAAUAAAUACAAAGAGGCAGCACACCUCUUGAACGAUGCUCUCUCCAUCCGUGAGAAGACCCUGGGCAAAGACCACCCAGCGGUGGCUGCAACUUUGAACAAUCUUGCUGUUCUCUAUGGCAAGAGGGGCAAGUACAAAGAAGCAGAGCCACUGUGCAAGCGAGCCCUGGAGAUCCGUGAGAAGGUCCUCGGCAAAGACCAUCCCGAUGUGGCCAAGCAGCUGAACAAUCUGGCCCUGCUGUGCCAGAACCAGGGCAAGUAUGAGGAGGUGGAGUACUAUUACUGCAGGGCCCUGGAGAUCUACGAGAGCUGCCUGGGUCCUGACGACCCCAACGUGGCCAAGACCAAGAACAACCUGGCCUCCUGCUACUUGAAGCAAAGCAAAUACAAAGAUGCGGAGGUGCUGUAUAAGGAGAUCCUCACCCGUGCUCACGUGAAGGAGUUUGGCUCCGUGGAUGAUGAACACAAGCCGAUCUGGAUGCACGCGGAGGAGAGAGAGGAGAUGAGCAAGAGCAAGCACAGGGACAGCGCUCCCUACGCUGAGUAUGGCGGCUGGUACAAGGCCUGCAAGGUUAGCAGCCCAACUGUGAACACCACCCUGAGGAACCUGGGUGCGCUGUACCGGCGCCAGGGCAAGCUAGAGGCAGCUGAGACCUUGGAGGAGUGUGCAGUUCGCUCUCGGCGGCAGGGCAUCGACCCAAUCAACCAGACAAAGGUGGUGGAGAUCCUGAAGGAGGGUGACGGCACAGAGAGACGUCGGAGCCUGGGUGGCGGCGUCAAGUACGAGAAUGCCACAGACGGUAGCGAGGAAGCUUAAAUGCCUCCCGAGACUCCCUCUUUCCCCUCCACCGCAAUCACCUGGAUGUUUGUGUUGUACCUUCCGACUUUUCCUCCACACCAUCCCUCCUUCCUCGGCAAGAGCUCCGCGCCAGCCCCCCAACCCUCCCGGCGCGCGAGGGCACCGCAGCGCCUGCAGAGAGGAGUGCCCGGCCGCGCGGGGCCCCGCUCCAGCCCCGUGGCCAGCAAGAGCAGGAAGGAUCUAUCUGCGUGGAGCUGCCUGCUCCCCCUGGCCAGGGCGACGGGCCGCCGUCCCCUUGCGUGCCCCCACCCCAAGCCCGCCCUUGCACACCCCUGGGGACCGCAGGGGACGGUCUUCACUCCGGGCGUGCCGACUCCACCGUCCUUAGACAGCCUCAGCCCUCCUAGCUUGUUCCCUCCCCUUCUGCAGAGGCCGGGAUGGGGGGCACGAAGAUGUAGGGGGGCUGUUUCGGGACACAGAGGCCUGGCCUUGGCAGGCCCGUUGUGUGCCCGCUUGCUUUCUCCCCCCGUAGGCUUAGCUGAUGUUAGCGCCCCGUAGCAAACCUGCGCUGGCCGCCGGCAAGCUGGGCUCUCCCUGCAGCACAGGGCAGUCCCCGCCGUGCUCUCCUCCUCCCCGCCGUGCUCUGCAGCCCAGAGCCAGCAUGGGGGGCUCUCGGUAGGGGCAUGGAUGUCCCUACUGUACAUCCCAGGUACGGGGUGACAGCCAAGGGCCCUUUGGCUGCUGGCUCCUAACCCGCUGCUGUAGCUGAGCUGGCGUGGUGGCAGUAAGAGAAAGCGUCCUGUGGCUCCAGGGUCCCCGCAUGUGGCUGCUGAGGGAGGGAGAGGUGAGGGUGAAGCUGUUCUCUGUUCCUUUGGAGGCAGAGGGAUGGGUAGGAGGAGAGCAGAGCUGCUCUCCAAGCAGGUACAAGUGGCUGAGGUACUGAAUGGGCUCAUGUGAAGCACAGCAGGGAGAAAAAGGAGGUGCAAGGAAGGGUGUGAGGGAAGGAGGAGCUGGGGCUUGGGGUGUUCCAAGCACGAGGGACAGGUGAGGUGGAGGGAGGUUUCCACAGGAGGAGAAGGCUUUCCUGGGAAGGAGGAAGAGUUCUGAAACGCGGGACCUGGCUUGCGAGGCACGGUCCUUGGGGCUGUGACUCGCUGUCCUUAGCCACGUGGACGGGAAGACCGUAAAUGUCUUACUGCCGGGGAGGCAGUGCUGACCCUGGGCUGGUGUGGGGAUGGCUCAGUGCCCCAGGUGCUGCUGGUCCCCGCUGGGAAAAGGCCCUUUUCCCAAGAGCAGCCCCCCACUGCCGUGAGCCCCAAGCCCUUGGGUGCACGCCCCCAUCCCACCUGCUGUCAGAGGCGAGCCUCCCUGCCCUCCUGCAGGGAGAGAGAGGAGCAUGGGGAGGCUGCAGGCAGCAGGGCAGAGCCUAGAGGCCAGCGCAGGAAUCCCCCCCCCUCGCCCCUUUAUUUAUUUAGCUAGGUAGUUUCAUGCUAGUCACCCGGCAGGCUGCGAUAAUAAACCUGCUUGUGUCUGUCUGGGCCUGGCUUUCCCGUGGUGGUGGUGCAGAGGCCUCGGGGCACGUGCGUACCGCUCUCCCGGGAGCUUGUGCUUGCUGAAAGGGGGCUUGUCCUCGGGACCACGGGGGCUGGAGGCCAGGGCUGAGCGCUGUAGGGCUGCACCAUCCCUGCCUCUCCCUCCCACCGCUGCUCCGUGCUCCUCGGAGCGUGGGGAGCCCCCAGUUCAGGCCUCAGCACCACCUCGCUCUGCCGUGUCCCGGACCUGGUGCUGUAACGACUGUACCUCUGAUUAAAGGCAGACAGACCAGAA